AUGCGCUGGCUGGUCUCGGCGAUGGCGCCCAAGGGCGUGGCAAAGGCCAAGGGCAAGGGCAAAGGCAAGGGCAAGGGCAGGGGCAAGGACAAGGCCAAGCCCAAGGCAGCGGCGGUUGGCGGAGGGCUCGGCCGCGGCGCGCUGGCCCUGGCUGCGGGUGCCCGCGGGCGCGGCGGCCGUGGGCGUGGCGGACGCGCCCGAGGCGGAGCCCGCGGUGGCGCUCUGCCUGGAGGUCGUGCCGCCGGCGGAGGUGCUGGAGGCGGCGCGGCUGGGCUGGCGGCGGUGUCGGCUUCCCGCCCGCUGCGCUCCCUGCCGCCGCGGCGCCACCUCCCGGCGCCGUGGCGGCGCCUGGCGGCGCGGCUCCUGGGGCAGCUGGCGGGCUGCGGGCUGGCGCGCCUCCCCCAGGCGGGCUGGGCGCCGCGCUCGUGGGGGCGAUCGCGGCUGGCGGCGGGCGAGACGCUGGCGUGGCUGGCGGCCCGCCCCCAGCGGUGGCGGCCGCCGUGGGGCCCGCCGUCUUGCCACCCUCGGCCUUGCAGUCCGCCCGCGACAAAUCUGCAAUAG